GUCAUAUCAGAAUUAUAUCAGAAUAAUAGGCAUUGGAAUAAACUUUUUACUGUACAUUUCGGAAAAGGCAAAAUUGGUAAAAAUAUAUUAACAGAGCUUCAGAACGAGGUGGUGACUCUGAGUAUUCAGAACUGUGUAUGGCUCCUAGCAUUUUUUACAUUCUGUUCUGGCGCCUGGCGGUGCAAGUUCUCUAUCCCUACGCCUACAUGGAUUGCUCCCUGCAGGACGCUCUGGCAAAUGAGCAGCUGGUGUGGAGCAAGGGGGACCGCUUGGAGCAGCAGAUGCUGGCUAUGAUGCGGGAAUCGUUUCGAACCACAAUCAUGCUCGUGAUGAUGAUGGAGAUGAUGCACACCCUGGACGCAGCUCUAAAUCUGCCUAUUGCCCUGAUUGGCAGACCCUAGCCAAGGCAGUACUUCGCAUCCAAAAAACCUAUUCCCUCCGAGACUGAUCUAUGAACCAUCUCCCCCUUUCCUAGUCCCCACUUGGUUUAUUGCCCAUCAAAAGUCAACAGACUGCCGGCGGCACUCAAAUAAUUUCGCCUUGGGGUAGGACCGCCAUUGUGCCGUCGUUGGACCUCGCCGUCGUCGUCGUCGUCGUCGCUGCCCAUUUAAUCAGUAAAUUUUAUUUUUAAAAAUGUUAUUAAACAAUAUUUGCCUUUGCAAAAGUAAGGCGUGCACAGUGCAAUAAACUUUUCAGCACUUGGGCCUCUCGAUGACGAACCGACUGACUAAUUGACUGACUGAACGACCGCUUGAUUGACCGACUGAAUAAAAUCAGAACGUCUGAAGUUGGGUA